AACACUAUAGUAAAAUUGGAAAAGUACAGAGUACUUUAGAUAAAUUUGCACCUAAACCAUAUGCAAAAUCAGAAAAACGAUAUCAACAACUUACAAAUACAAUUGUAGAUUUUAUUGUUUGUUGUCAACUUCCUUUUGCUAUUGUGGAUAAUCCAUAUUUUACUACAAUGUUAAAUACUUUUGAUGGACGUUACCAAGUGCCAUGUAGACAAACUAUUAAAUCAGAAAUAAUAAACAAUUAUAAUAAUAUGAAAAAAAAAAUUUUACAAGAACUUUCACAAACAAAAAAAAUAUCAAUUACAUGUGAUAUUUGGAGUUCAAUUACGAUUAAAUCAUAUUUUGGCAUUACAGUUCAUUUUAUAGAUCAUAAUUGGAAAUUACAACAUUUUUUACUUGAUCUUUUAUAUUUUCCAGGAUCACAUUCAGCAGUUCGAAUUCAACAAUUAAUUUUACAAGCUUUAGAUGAUGCAAAAAUUACUAAAAAAUUAUUAGGAAUUACAAUGGAUAAUGCACAAUCUAUGAUUGCAGCAGCUAGAGAGCUUAAAAUAAAAUUAGAAAAUCAAGAAUUUGUUCAUCAACGUUGUGCUGCACGUAUUUUAAAUAUUGCAGUUCAACAUGGUUUGCAAUUAUCAGAUCCUAUUAUAAAAAAGAUUCCAGAAUUAAAACCAGAUUUAGAUGAAUUAGGAAUUUUUUAUAUACAAGAUAAUGAAUGGCAAAAUAUUGAAAAUAUAAUUCAAUUACUUGAACCAAUAUUUUUAGCAACAGAAAUAUUAUCAUCAUCAACUUAUCCAACAAUAAGUGAUGUACAAUUAAUUUUUAUUGGAUUACUUCGACAUCUAGAAUCUUUUAUUCAAAAUCAAAAUAAUUUAGAAGAUUGUGUAAUGGCUAAUUCAAUUAAUUAUGAUAAAUGUGAUGAAGCAAUUUCAUCAUUACAAAACCUUAUGCCAUUAUAUAAAAUUAAUAAUCAAUUAGGAAACACUAGAAUUAAUACACAAUCACAAGAAAAUAAAAGAUCAUAUUUUGAAUUUCUUCUUACUGAUCAAACUUCUGAAGAAAGACCUACAGAUGAUGAAAUAACUCGAUAUAUAUCAGCACCUAUUAUUAAUACUAAUCCAUUAGAAUGGUGGCAACGUUUUGAAAAAGAUUUUCCUAUUCUUUCACAAAUAGCAUUAUGUUAUUUAAAUAAAAAAGAAAGUGAUAAGUUUGAAGAAUCUUUUUUUUUGGAGUGUUAA